AUGAGGAGGGAGGAGGGGGGAGUAAGAGUCAGCGGAGAUCAUGGGGGCGGGGCCGAGGAAUCGCUGCGGCCAGGUCCGCCGGGGCGGGCGGCGGCGGCGGCGGCCGCGGAUUCUGAGAGCGAGGGGGGAGAGGUUGGAGACCCGAACGAAGAAAUAUGCGAGUUCGGCGUUGGGGACGACCAAGAGCAUGCGGGAGGGAAGUCCUGCGAAAAGGAGCCUCGGGUGACGCGAGAGCGGUCGAAGGGCACGGCGAACUUGACGCUGCCCGCCGGGAGGGACGCCUGGAGCUUUCUUGCCGAGGAGAAGGGCUGGACACAACCUCCCCACGGGCAAGGCUUUAGGCUGAGUCCGCCCGGCGAGGAGACGAAGCCCAAGAGGGAGAGUGAGCUCCCGCAGUACCUGGCCGCCCACCCAACGCUGUUGGCCGAGUACCACGAGUGGGCCUCCUCGAAGGAGGGGGAGAGCGCGGAGAGUGGGGAGGAGGAGGAAGAAGGAGGCGAGGAGGAGGAAGAGGAGGAGGUAGAGGAGGAGGUAGAGGAGGAGGAGGAUCAGGAGGUGCGGGAAGAGGUGGUGGUGGUGGAGCAGCAACAGGAGGAGGAAGAAGAGGAGGAGGAGGAGGAGGCGGAGGAGGAUCAGGAGGAGGAGGAGGAGGGGGAGGAGGUGGAAGAGGAGGAGGUGGUGGAGGUGGAGGAGGAGGAGGAAGAGGAGGAAGAAGAGGAGAAAGGGCGGAAGAACGGGCGGGGUAGAGAAUCCCCCAAAGUUCCGGUGAGACGGAUGACGCGUGGGACUUCUAAUUUGCCGGAUCAGAAGCGCUUGUACGCGUUCAUGGCGAAAAAAAAAGGGUGGAGAUACGCAGGUCACGGCUGGUCUGUGGUCGGGCCUGAGAACGGUUGCGAGCCCUUGGAGGAAGCCGAGCUUCCGCAGUACGUGGUCGACCGCCCAGAACUGUUGGCGGAGUACAAUGAGUACUUGAAGGGCAAGGAGCCGGUGCGCACGACGAGAGGCCGGUUGAAGGGUACAGCGGGCUUGCAAAUACUCGACCAGCAAAGCUUGACCAAUUUCUUGAGGGAAGUUGUGGGCUGGGAGUACGCGCCAUCAAGCUGGGAAACCAUGACCAAGCCAGGCGAAGGAAAGCGCAUGGGUGUGUUGGAGCUUGAAGAGUACGUUCGCAGCCGGCCUCGCCUCUUGAAGCAGUUCACCAAGUGGGAGCGGUCCAAGGCAAGGAGGACAGCGCAACCGGCGGCCGCGGCGCUGAGAAGGCAAUCCGCACCGCUUCCCAAGCCGGAGGAGCGACCGGCGGCCGCGGCGGUGAGAAGACGGCAAUCGGCACCGCUGGUGCCCGAGCGAUCGACGGCAGGAGGGGCGAGGACGACCCGGAGCAAAUCCGCACCUCCCGACCCGGACAUGCUAAGCGACAUUGAAGCGUACAGGUUCCUCCGGGACUUGGGCUGGGGGUACCAAGGUUACGGGCACUUGGUCGACCCCGAAGAGGGAGCUGAACCGGUCGAGAAGGAAAAGCAGCCGUCGCCUAUGUCUGUUUUUUUCUCUCCCCCUCGUGGGUGA